UAAACCUUCAACUAUGAAGAGUUACGCUCAACACGGAAGAAAAAAAAAGAUCUCUAUUCUAGGCUAAAGUUAGACUUAGAGCAGAAAAAUGUUAUUAGCACAUCCUUGUCUCUUAUUACACACUACUAAAAAUCGCUGCUAAAUCUAGAUCUAGUAAGUUUUAUUCGGAGAAUUUGAAUACAAGUGUAUUAGAAAUAGGCCUAUUUAUUUUUGAAGAGCCACUGCUAGACUACUUCAGAAAAGAAAUAUUACUUCUUUAUGAUGUUGAAAUUGGACAAAAUGGUAGUCUUAAUAAUUUGAGAAUUUGAAAGAUGAGCUCUAACCAAAAAAAGGAAUUUCGCCAAAAAUAUCGACAUGAUGAAUAUUCUAGAGCUAUUCCUACCAAAGUUUUAAAAACUGUAACUUUAAGUGACUAUAGUGUACCUAUUGAUGCACAACCACCAUUUAAAAAACUAGGUGUUGGAGAAGAUGAUGACAGUUCUGAUCCAGAUAAUAGAUAUGCACAACCUCAAGAUGCUUUUAAAAAGAUUAAACCACUCAAAUCUUAUACACCACCAAACGAAAAGGAUCUUGGUGAUGGCUAUGAACUAGCAAAACCUAUUCCAGGAGAAAGUGAAGGACCAAUGCCACCAAAACCAUCACCCAAACCACGAGCUGCUAAAGUGCCAUUAGAAUCUUCUUCAUUCACAAAGAAUGAAAUGGCCAAGAAAAAAAAUGACGUAUCCCCUAGUUCUGACCAAAGUAUUCAAAAAGAAACCCCUGAACAAACAAAUACAAAAAGGGUCAGCAAAAAAGUUGUUGAAAUAGAAUAUGAAGUAGCAUCUUCAAUCCGUUCAACUUAUCCAGAAUCUUCGCAGCUUAAAAGUUCAUUUUCCAGUGUUCAUAAUGAGAGCCCUUCCAGUAUUACAGCCAACAGCAAGAAAGUUCCAGUAACACCUACUCCAGUUUAUUCCAGCAAACCAUCAGCCAGUCCAUUAAAAACUAUUUCAAGGCCUGCAGACAUGGCUCAACCACAAAAAGACUUUGGUUACAAUAAGUCUGCAACCCCUUCGCCUGGGACUGAAGCAACAUAUGAAGAGCCAUGGGACUUAAAGAUGAAAAGACUUAGACAAGAACAAGAGAAAAAAGAUAAAGAGUUAAGAAAGAAAUCAGAUUCAAGCCCAGUGCUUAAGAAAACAGCUUCUUUGUAUGAGGAUGCUCCUGAGUACCCUACUCAACAAAAUAAAAUGGAGUUGAAUUUGAUGAACACCAGAAGCUUAUCUCAGACAUCUGAAGCAGAUGUCUUCUUUGAAGCUUCUGAUCUUUUACCAGCGCAAAAGAUAGAACCAUCUAAAGACCUAGAUGUACCCUUAAAACCAUUACCAACAAAUACAUAUGAAGAUGCAUGGGAUCUUAAAAAUAGUUUACUGGAGCAAAAAAUAAGAGCUAUGCAGCUGCAAGCAUCUGCUACAUAUGAAGAACCAUGGGACUCAACCAAGCAACAAAAAAACUUACAGGCCAAGUUUCAACUUCAAUCUGGGAAUGUAGAAAAGCCAAGUGAACCAGAAAGGUUGCCGAGGCAGCGGUCAAGCUCAGAUGCAUUUGAUGGUAGUGAUUUAAAGUCUGCCGUUGUCAGGGGAAAAUACCGCAGUGUUGAUGAUUCCAAAGUCAAACCAAAAAGCAGAGGUUGCAACAUUGGGCAGCGCAUCAACCCUUCGAUUCCAUUGUCAAAUCAAAACUGGUUCCAUGGAAACAUAAGCAGGGAAGAUGCUGAGAAAAUGCUGUGUGUUUGUAAAGAAGGGAGCUACAUUGUUAGGCACAGUUCAGAUAGAAAAUCCUAUUCUCUCUCAAUAAAGAGCUCAAAACAGUAUAUUCAUGUUCAAAUUGAACAAAUGGUAUUAGAAAGUGGAGAAAUUCGUUACAUAUUGGGCAAAAACAGCAAAGAGUUUUGUUCCAUUCCAGAUAUGAUAGACUACUACACCCAUCACAGAGUGCCUUUGAAGGGCACCGAGCACAUAACACUUCUUCACCCAGUUGAGUGCAAAUGGUCUUAAUUAAUUUGUAUAUUUGUUUUGUCAGAGUUAAUUAUUUUUGUAUCUGCUGAAUCUAUUAUCUUGCAAUUCUAUUUUUAUUUUGUUGCCUUACAAUUAUUAAGUGUCUUUUUAAAAUUAGUCUUGUAUUUUUUGCAUGUUUUAUAUUUAGGCAAUUUUUUAAAAAUGUAAUGAUUCUUUUUUUACUUCAUUGUUAGAAAAUACAAAAGCUAAUGUAAAUUUGUGCCAAAUCAGCCAAAACACUUGUCAUUCAUUUCUUUACUUAGCCCUUGUUUCAUUUACAAGACAGUAUUAGGACUUUGUGUACAGAUUAAACCUGUCUCUUGAAGCAGCCUCAAUUCAUGUCACUUCUUGGUUCUCAGAUUUAAAAAAAAAUACAGAUUUAAAACAUCUUUGACCAAUAUGUACUAGUCAUCUAGUGUCAUUCAUUGAUCACCAAUACUUCCAUUAAUUUGUGUUUGAGCUCAUGAUCCUUUUGUUGAUAUAUUUAUAUACAAUUUUCCGUGAACUAACAUCACGAGAAAAGCUUACGCAUUUCUUUUUAAAUGUUUGUAAAUGGCUUAGUAAAAUACAUAUGCUAAUUUUUCUCACGCAUUUAAUGGUUACUGGUAUGUUAUUUUAGAUUUUAAAUGUGCAAAAUUUGUUACUUACUUCUUUCAGUGCUAAGUUGAUUUUUUUAAUCUCUGAGGAAUAGCUUUCUAUCUAAGAUUUAAUAAAAGACUGACUGAAAUGUUACUGUCAACUCAGUGUUAAUUUUUACAGAUUGUUAGUUUUAUUAAAAUAAUCAACAAUUAAUAAAUGUGCAUUUAUUACUUUUUUCCUGAUUACCACUUUUUAUUAAACUAUUUGUUAUUUAAAACUGUUUUUAAAAUUUUCCAUUCCUAAACCAAAUGUUACUACUUAAAAACAUCUUUAUUGAUUGCAUGUGUAAACCAUAACUAUUUUUAUACAAUAUCUACACUAAAACUAUGUAAAACUGUGGUUAAAACCAUAAUUGUUCUAAGUUAUAGUUUUUUUUUUUUAAAUUGAAUUUUUACCAUGGUUAUGCUACAUAAAAAAACCCUUUAAAAUCUGUGUGUUAGGAAAGUUCUAAAAUGUUCAUUUCUUCUCAAAUUCAUUUUAGUAGUAUCAAAAAUAUUUUAGGGUUUCAAAGAUUUUAAUUUUUUUCCAUUAAAAAUGCAUGUAAACUAUGUAAUUCUUCAACAACCAUAGGCAAAACAAAAAAAGUUAUAUGGUGGUAUUUUGAUGUUUUAAUCAAACCUAAGCAGGAUUCCAAAAACCUGUAGGUCAGUUAUUUUCUACACGUCUAUUUCUCUACUUAAAAAGAAAACCAGAUUGUAGGCCUAAUGUGUUUUUGAGAAUUUUAACACACUUUGAAAUUUGUAAGUUAUUUAAACAAAAUGCAAUUAGAUAUGUUUUACUUUUGAUCAAGGUAAUAGGCUGAACUAUCUUUUGAUUAGUAUUUACAACUAAAUAAAAUGCAAAUAUAAACUAUAA